AUGUUCCAGUCUCAGACAUAUGCAUCUAAUGAAUCCAAGGCUCGUCCACCACAGCAAUCCGCCCAAAGCUAUCAAAACCAGGAAGAUGAGAAAGCGCGACGACAAGCUUCAAGGGACUUGACACAGUCGUGGAUGGAUAGACUCCAGCUCAUCAGCGUCAUUACAACAUUUUUUGCGUCAACGGAAGCUGGUCUGCUCCAAGUGGCGGGCAACUCCUCUGCUUCAGAACAAGUUGCGAACUCUACAUUAUUUUCUGCGCUGGUAUUGCAUAUCUGGGCAGCUAUCUUGUCUUUCCUUGGUGCCUUCUUCGUCGUACGGUAUCGUCUGAAGGAGGCUAAGGAAGAGCAGAAAGACGUCGUCCACACUGCAGGCGAUCCGGGGGUUUCACCCGCAUCUCGCACUAGCACCGACCACUCCUUCCUCCGUUCCCCACUUGUACCUGUAUGGACGACCAACCCGCAUGUGGAGGAAUUCGGGCCCUUUGAGCGCAAGCCGCGCAUGCAUCUGCUGAGCAAAAUCCACAACUUGUGCAUACUCUUGACGUUUGCUGGCUUCGCUCUGGCGAUUUUGGGAAUCCUCGCCAUUGCUUGGGGACAGAACCCGGUUUCGGUUGGUGUCUUGACAUCGGUGUCGACAGCGAUGUGCUUGGUGGGGGCUGUUUGGGUAUUCCAAUGA